ACUUUUUUUUUUUUUUUUUUUUUUUUUUUUUAACCGUUUCACUUCUAGUAAGUCUCCACCCUCAGAUAUUCACUUAUGCUAUAAAAAUCAGGGCAAGAUGUGCCUGGACAUACGCACUUAUCUUCAGCAAGCUACCAAGAAGAUUCCUCCUCUUGGAAGACGGACCCACACUCUUUCUCUCCAGCCUCCAGCCAGAAGACUUCAGCAGCUUUUGCAUCCACCAUGACUCCACAGUCUCUCCUCCUGUCCGCCCUGGGUCUCUUGACGCUCCUCAACUCUGCGGCGUGGAGCAGCCCGAUGUGCACUAACCAGUGCUGUCGCUUCGUGGAGGGGUUCCCCGUCAGGCUCAAGAAGCUCAGAGAGAACUAUUCACAGAUCAGAGACUUUUAUGUGAGUAAAAACAUUUGCUCUGCAAGUGCAGCAUCACAUGGAGACCUCCCCACCAUCUGGGUGGCCUCUCUCAGUCUCCAGGUGAUGCUGCACGCUCUCACCUCUGCGGCUGCUCACACUCUGUCAGUAUCACUGACCUCAACCUUCUUUGUUCUGUUGCAGGAAGCAAAUAAUGACUUGGACUCAGCUCUGCUAGACCAGAGUGUGGAGAACUCUUUUAAAAGCCACUUUGCCUGCCAAGCUAUGGACGGUCUUCUCGAAUUUUACCUGACCACAGUGUUACCCACAGCCAUGGCAGAGGUGACGGAGAACAUCAUGGACCUAAAGCCUCACGUGGAGUCCAUAUUGCAGAUAUUCGACGAGCUUAAGGAGGACGUCAACAAAUGUAAACACUACUUGUCGUGCAAGAAUCCCUUUGACAUCACAAAGCUGAACUCCACGUACACUCAGAUGGAGGGCAAAGGUCUCUAUAAGGCCAUGGGCGAACUGGACCUGCUGUUUAACUAUAUCGAGAAAUACUUGGCCUCGAAACGCCGGAGAACCCAAGUGACACACUGACCUCAUCAAAGUGAAAAUGUUCACCUCAGGGAAAAAAGUCAUUGACUCUUGCACUCAUUUGCAUCCAGUCCAAUCUGUUUCAGUGGAUAUGCACAUUGUUGAAUGUUGGUUUUCUUGUUUGAGUUGACUGAACUCGUGUCUUUGUUCUUUUAAGACAUCCGUUUACUUUUUCUUUGUUUUUGUCCCGAGGACAAGUACCAGUUCAGGACCAUAUUGUGUCUCACAGAGAAAUAGUUUUACACACACAAUUGUCAA